AUGGGCCCUCCCAAGUCACUUCCCAACGAUUGUGAGAGGAAAGGCCACCAUCUCCUUCACAACUCCCGUCUCUGGUCUAAACGGCUUCGUUUCUCUCGACGCUCACUUGUAAGCCUCCGCUUAUCUCUUCACGUCAGCUCAUCGCCUGGGAGCAUUCGUUUGACUCCAUAUUCUAUCACUGGGGUAUUCCAUACAGUCACAUGCCCAUUCAUUGUUACUUCUCUGAAUAAUUCGUCAUCGAAAUCGUCGACGAGAAUGACAUCUUCCAAUCCAUCAGGCACUGGGCUCCGCAUACGAGCCGUUGACAGAAAACCUGGCGACUCGGACGGUUUCGAUAUCACACCAUUCUUGCUUUCUCGUCCCAGCUCAUCCUCAUCAAAGACAACACCAGAAAGCGCCGCUACCAUGUCACAUCGAGACAGUCAUUCCGGUGAGGCAUCGUCCUCGAAACUCUCAAUCGGCACCUCGUCUAGUGCUAGCUCCUCGCCACAAGACGAUCAUCCUUUUGCCCAUGACUAUGACCUGGAUCACCACAUUAGAAGGAGGACAUCUCGAUUUGGGUCCAAUGUGGGCCCAAAAGAUGAGCUUCGGUCUCCAAUACAACAGCAUGGACAGACCCGCAGUCGUUUCCAGACCUCGGCUUCGCCGAUUCUCCCAACUUCGCUCACUCCAUUCCAACGCUGCAUUAAAUUUCUUGCUCGUACCCUCAGCCUUGUCGACUUCGUUUGCACUAGUAGAGCUUUCAGAGCCCCAGAGUGGUGUGACUUUGACUCGACCCCCGAUCGGAUUCGUGCAAUCUGCCAGGAUAUCCUGACAAAACAAUGGACAAGGAGACUUCCAUUGAUACAAUCUGCUACCCCGGCCGAAGUCGCUUGUGGUCAGCUGGCUUCAGUGAUUGAUGAAGUAGUCAAGCUUGAUUACCAUGAACUCGAGGUCUUUGAGUUCUGUGCUGGCAGCGGCGGACCCACCCCCAUGUUCGAAAAGCUCAUCAACCAAAACCGAGCAGACUCCAAUCAAGCACCUCUCCAGUUCAGCAUAUCCGACAAAUACCCCAACCUUGAAGCAUGGAAUCAUCAUAGUACAAAAUCGGAUAAUCUGAGGUUUAUUGAAGAAAGCGUCGAUGCCGCUGAACCGCCCAAUGUAGCCCUGAGCCACUAUUCAUGCCCACCCGAUAACGAAAUGUCUGUUAAAACAAGCUCCAGUCGUAUCCUUCGCUUGUUCAACCUCUCCUUUCACCAUUUCGAUGAUCUCGCAGCAGCGGAGAUACUGCGCAGCACCAUGGAGACGGCUGAUGGGAUCGUUGUCAUUGAGCUUCAAGAUCGUAGAUGGGGUUGCUUGGCUAUGAUGGCGAUGAAUUGGUUAUUCGUGGCUCGGGCAAGCGCAGCAGCAGUGUUUGGUAACUCUCCUCCUGCACAAUCACAGAUGCACAAGAUUUCACACGCCGUUCAGAACAUCGGCACAUGGAUUCGCGUGGUAUUCACUCUCUGGUGGGACGGACUUGCUUCCUGCUUGCGCACUCGUGAAUUCCGGGAGUUCAUCAAGCUCGCUGAAGAUGCGGCGAUGACCAGUGCAUUUGAGAAGCACGUCCCCGGCGAUUAUCUGAGAGUUUGCAAAAUCGCCGACUGGCGUUGGAGAGAACACGAAAUGAAAUCGGACGCCAUCCAGACCGCCGUGGGACAUGCAACAGCCCUGCGCCCGACGCCACACCCCCAGACGCCAAAAGUAGCCAGGUCUACAAAAGAACGAACAGAUUCGGCUGCACCUGAGACACAGGAAAAUACAUUUGAGCUAGAGGACACUACGUCGACACCGAAGCGGAAAAAGCCAGAAAGAUCUUCCUCAGUCCACGAGUCGAGAGACGAGCUUCUUAUGUCGAAAAACCUGGUUUUGGAUGACAGGAAUUGGCCGCAGUCACAGAUGUUUGACCAAUUCCUGUCGAUGAUGGACAUUCUUAAAACCCAAGAAAAACAGUCGGCGAAAGAAGCAGCUCAUCGUCGCGAUGAUGAGACAGUCCUUUCUAGAAGAAAAAAGACUGGGAAAUCUAUAUCUACUUCACCAGAGAGCACCGCCUUGCGCGAAGCGCAGGCUAAACUUGCACAAGAGCAGGCGCAUGCUGUUGCACAGAAACGACAUUCGGAUUUGCAAGCUCAAUGGGGCAAAGCAGACGCCUCUAGACUGUCGCGUGCAAACGUGAAUGUGGCGAGGACCAAGUCAGAGGAACUGAGGCAGACGUCAGUAGAACCUCCACCUGGACCCUCCAUUCUCAAAAUCCAGCCGCCCUUAGCGCCACAGAAGGGGGUCGCAAAGGUCAGCAUAAAAGAGGCGAUACUUGAUGAGACAUCAACGACCUUCGCGAAGCAAUCGCCACAAGAUUCGACGUUUGAACAAAGACCUUUGACCUCUGCGAAACAACCUGCGCAGGAGCCAGCGAUCGAAGAAACAUCCUCUACUUCUGCGAGGAAAUCUCCACAAGAGUCGAUAUCGGAGAACUUAUCUCCAAUCUCUUCGAAGGAGCCUUCCCAAGAGUCGAUGUCUGAGAAUUCACCCUCAACCUCUGCGAAGCAACGUCCACAAGAAUCAAUACCUGAAAAGACAUCUUCGACCUCCGCAAGGCGGCCUGUAUUAGAUCCUUAUGGUGCUGCCAAUCGUCCACCAGCGGUGCAGUACCAGCCCACAGAAGAAGAGAAAGAAAUACUUGAACAACAGAUGAAGGGGCAACGCCCAGCCCCGUACUAUGUGGAUCAAGAGCGACUAUUAGCUGCACAAGCAUUGGCGGAUAAAAAGGAACAGGAGCGUGUCGCUGAAGUGUGUGAGUUGUCGCCGUCAGUCUCACGUUCAUCUCCUGUCCGAACGCCCUCUGGAAACGAAUGGUCUGCGAAGUACCAGUAUCUGAACAGGAAAUUUGGCUAUAAUCCGCGAGCUCCAGUGAUAGCUGGGCCGAGUGACUGGAAGGGGAAAGGAAAAGCCAAAGCAAAAGAGCCUUCCGGCGAGCUGUGGCGUAGAGCGGGCCCUCCAAAUCCAGCUGGGGAAAGGGUAAGUUUACUUAGUCGCGGCAUUGAAGAGGAACGCCUCGCCGCAGCCGAGGAAGAGGUGAAGCCGUGGCAGGAAGAAUGCCCUUUUCCACAAGGAAUGGACAAUAUCAACAAGCUAGGCGAGGAAGAAACGGACAGUGAGUGGUCCUUCAGCGACGAUACACCUGAAGAGCAACCACGUUAUGUCCCGCCACACCCCAUUCUCAGGAGGAAACCGACCCGCGCAGAGGUGGCCGAAUUGGGAAGAUCUUUUCCUACCAACAAACCCACCGAGAGCACAAAACCUGCUGAGAGAGCAAACCCCGCUGAGAGCGCAAAACCCGCUGAGAGUGCAAAACCUGCUGAGAACGCAAACCCGGCUCCGAGCACGAAACCUACUACAAGCGCGAAGCCCACUGUGAGCAGAAAAGCUACUGCGACCUCAACAAUGAUACCAAGACUGAGUCGCAAGCCGAGUAAUCCGAAGUUACUGGGUAGGAAGAGGAGUGAGGACCCAAUCAGCAAAGAGUGA